AUGGCUUCAGACUCAGAGAACGUGAAUUUCAUUCUUAUAUCUAAUGAACCGAAAUGGUCUAAUGGUUUUUGUGAGUGUGGUGUGAACAAAUGUACAUGUUGCAUAACAUGCUGUUUCCCAUGUAUCACCCAUGGCCAAAUCGCUGAGACUUUGGAUGAAGGGAAAAGUUCAUGUUGUUGGCAAGGGUGCUUGUACUUCUUGUUGAUGGGGGUCUCAGGUCAUUGGGUUCUCUACUGGAUGUAUAGAAAUAAAUUACGAGCAAAAUUUGGAUUACCAGUUGAGCCUUGUGGUGAUUGUUGUAUACAUUUUUGCUGUGAAUCAUGUGCUCUUUGUCAAGAGCAUGCGGAGCUAAAACAUAGAGGGUUGGACCCUUCUAAAGGUUGGGUUGGCCAACCAAAUGCUCCUCCACAAUUCCCACCAUUGAUGUACAGAUGA